CUCUGCUCUAAGUGCUUUGGGGCACCCCACAUAUGUAGGAGCUAGAGUUUCACUGGCUCCCCAGCAGUUCUUGCCUGGUCAACUGAUUCCUAUGUCUGCAGCCAAACACUAGAAAAACCGUGGGGCAGGUAGACUCCUCGCAUCCUCUUGGCUUUCUGAUUAAUCAUUUAAAUGGGAAACCUAAGCCUAUUCAGGUAAAAAGAUACAUGAACUUCAGGUCAGGAUCACCAUCCUGUCUCAAAUAUGACUUUUUUCACCCCUUUCAUUCGGGGUAUAGGGGCAUUUUAAAAACAAAUUAUUUCAUUCAAUCCUGGUUUCCUAGCAACCAGGAAAAGUAUCCAUUUUCCUCAUGUCGUGAGCACCAGACCUAGCCGAGCAGAGUCUAUGCUCAAGCCUCCAGAAGCAGAGGAAGAACAAAAGCACUGCAAUCGGUCUCCGGUUGGUGAGAGAUUCUCAAAGGGGAAUUUGUAAAGAGCCAGCACCUAAUAGAGCAGCCUGAGAGACCUGUAUCUCAGCUGCUUAGAGAGGCUGGAUCUUCCCAAAGGAUAUCAAGUGUAGUGCAAGCUGCAGAUACCCAGGCAGCUGUUAUCCACCUUUCGUCAUGGAAAGAAGGCUCGUAAAGAAAGAAAUGAAAAAGCUCCUGGGAGAUUAUAUUGGCAUCAGACUUCGGGAAAAUGAAUUUGACCCCAAAGGAAGACGGCAACUCACCUUUCUAGAUGAUAUGGCUCACUAUGACUUGGCCAUCAGCGUUGCUUUGCAAUGGCUGGAUCACUCAGAAGACUUAACGUGGCUGGAGUGGGAGGAAGCGAAAAUGCCGCUCCAUGGCAGACCCACGUAUCCAAACCGCAGAGAACGAGAAGCUAUGAUUUUAUCGUCUUACGCUGGAAUCUUAAUGAACAGUAUCCCAAUUGAGGAAGUCUUUAAAAUUUAUGGGGCUGAUUCUUCUGCAAAUUCUGGUAAUACCAAGCUACCAAUACAAGGAUCUGAGGAUCAGACUGUGAGCCUUGUGAGCUUCACCAGCUCCUCCCCACCUCAAGAAUGGGCGCAGAACUUGGCCUUGACCUUGGACUGCACAUCAGCUCCACUCAGGGACCUCUUCCACAUCUUGAAUACAGAAUUAGCAAGACCUCUCAAUGGAGAUGUAACAUUUCAAAGACUGAGCAGUAAAAAUAUUUUAAAGCGGUCCUUUAGAAUUUAAUGUAAUUUCAAUAAAUGGUUUUAACUAGGAGAUGGAAUUGUUAAAAAUACUAGACAUUGCCAAAUAAUCUUCAUUAAUUGAUGCAUUUAUCUGAAUGACCGAUGAUUCCUUCUGAUAAAAUGUCCCCUGAGCAACAGCUAACCUUUUGCUUCCCAAGCAAAAGCUUAAAAACCCAUUGAAUACUAAUCAGAUUAUGUAGAAUUUCUGGCAACUGGAAUUGGUCACUUGAUACAAUGUGGGUACUAUACUUAGGCUUGGUGGCUUUCUUCGGAACUAUUUGCUGCCACCUGGUGACAGAAAAGCAUUAUAGGCACAGUAUUUUUCAGAAACUAUUAGCCUCAGGUUCCGCCUCCUGUGAACGUCCUGGGUUUUGCUGACAGGAAGCUUUUUUUCUGCUGAGGACUCUGGACCCAUAGAAAAAGUUCAUUAAGGGCCUUCACAAGUGAGGGUUGUUUACAAAUAGCUUCAGGUUAAUAUCAAAUGUCCUACUCAAUUUUAAACAGAAGAAAACAGAACAUAAAUCUUCCUUCAAUAAAUCAAGUGAGUGAUAAAAAUGUUCUUCAGCUUCAUUUGAUGGAGAAAGAGUGAAACAGAAAGGAAGGCAGAGAGAGUAAAAAUGAGUGCAUCAGAGAGAGGGAAGAAACGAGCGCAGGAGGACAGAGAGAACCCAAACUUCUGCUGUCCCUCUUUCUUCCUACAGCUGUAUCCCAGCGUCUGACGGGUAAUCAUGUGAGUCCAUCCCAACUGGCAUCCAAAGUCCAGAGUGUGACUCUGUCAGAGGCAAACAGACCGGUGUCCCCUCCCAUCUUUGUCACUUGCGAGCUGUGUGUCCUCAAAUAAGUUAUUUAACUUCUCUGAUUCCCAGUUUUCUUAUAAGUAAAUAGUCAUGCGUAGAUAAGGCAUGAUUAUACUGGCCCACACACACUCGGUUGCCCUGAGGACUCAAUGAGACCAUGCGUAGGGGACACGAUGGUGGCACAAGGGACACCUUCCAUGUUAGUGCUACUAUUUCCAAGUCCACCAUGCUCCGAUGGCCAGCCCCCUUCCUCCUGAGAGCAGCCGGGUUUCUCUGUGAUGGGCCUGGCUUACACCCUCUCACACUUUCUCCAAUAACCUGCCAAGUGUCUUCUCUUCUUGGAGGAUGCUGACCCAGACUGAAUUGUGCAGAAAUUUUAAAAUGUUUUCAUGAUAAGGGGAGGGGCCUAUGUUUUAAGCAUUAUUGACAGAUCUGAAUAAUGAGGGAUUAAAAACACACUUUCACUAUUAAUUAUAUCCAAAUGAAUACAUACAAUGU